CGACAAGGCUUGGGAAGUUGAAGGUCUAGGUCCUCGUCGCGCUGAUGGUGAAGGCACCGAGUCUUCUGAUCUUCCGGCGCGGCACACGACGCAGCUCGCGUUUAUUCCUUUGGGCGACGAUUUUGAAGAGAACCCCGACGCGCGAAUGAUACGGAACGUGAUUGUGGCGCCAGGGGAUACCAUCGAGUAUCCACGGCCACAGUCAGCAAGCGAACACGCAAUGGCAAAUGCAGAUGGGAACAUGAAAGUAAAGAACAAAUCGGACAAAAUAGAAAAGGGAUCGAGUACUAGACCACGCACAGUCGCGGCAGAUUCUCGACCGCCAGUAGCACCGCCGGUGAUCUAUACCGCGAGUUUUCGCCAUGAGCCAGACAAGAUUUACACGCGUUUGCCCUAUUGGUGGGCGCCCACCAUGGUGCCUUACGACUAUUCCCUAGAGGUUUCGGAAAACUGGAAUUUCAUUCAGGACUACAGAACCGCGAGCACAACUUUGGCUGCAGGAGACGCGCAGAUGGACCUGACCUCCGAUGCCGAAGGCGAGGACUCUCGCAGCGCGACGACUGCUCUUCAGACUGGCGGGACGACGAGAACGAGGACGAUGCGUUCCGGCGACGUCGCAUGGAGCGACACGGAAGUCGCGGCCGAGGGCAGCUGCGGAGACGAGGCACCAAGUGCUUCAGGAGGCAUGAAUCGGGAAGAGGACGUCGAAAACCCACUGUCCGAAUCCGAUCAACAGGAGCAGGCGAAGUACGGGCGCAAGCACUCGGACGCCUCAACUGGGUCCUCUGUUGUCACCGGCUCUACUGCGACUGCGACGCCACGUGGUGCGGGUUCGUCCUCAUCUUCGCGCUUUCUGUCAAUGGAGAGCGGAGGUGGUACGAUGAGUGGCAAUGAGCUUGAGGAGAACUCCUCGGCUAUCACAGGAAAAAGUGUUAACGUUAACGGAAUUUGUGAUGCAGAAACGCAUCCCAAAACGUGCCAAAAUUUGUCAUGUAUAUCAUGCAUACUAGGCAAAAUUUGUCAUGCAUUUUUGUAAUCUAUGAAAACCGUUAACGUUAACACUUUUUCCUGUGAUAUCGGCGCUUGAAGAAGAUGUUGCGAUGACGCAGGGACAAGCGGGGCAUGUGCACGACCUAGUUCUGAGCAUCGAGAAUAGAAGUGUUGAUGAACAAGUCGCGAAACGAACUACCGAGGGUCAGAGGACAGGAAAAGACCACGAGCACUCCGACACAACCACCGCGCAAGCGGCCGAACAAGAUGAAUUUGGCACCACGAGUACGAUGCGAUCUCAUGACCCCUUGAGGGGUGGCGGGUACUGCACUGCAUCUGGUGGGCCGGGUAGUACCCGCACGACGAAAGAGUCAGUGUCGCCACCGCAGAGUAGAUCUGGAGGUGUUUCCACGCCAGCUGCAUGGUCCGCGACAUCAACACUUGCCAUCUCAUCGAGUUCCUCUUCAUCAGCAGCACGUGGUGGUGGCACUCCUUCAAGUUCAUUCGACGAUGGCGCCGUCACCACAAAGAUGAGCACCGGCAAAGCAGAAAAUUUUUCAGACGCAGGAAUCACGACACCUGUACAGCCUGCUGUUGCGCAAACAAAGACGAAUUUACUGAAGAAUAAAGUCGGCGUGAAUCUGCACGCCGUGUACGUAGAUUAGUACUGAUUUGGACCGACUUCAAAAAUGUUAAGAAAAUCGGAAAAAAAUCCGCAAAAAAUCCAGGCACGCCGCAAAAAAUCGACUUUGUGCCGCGGCUGCUAACGUCCACAAGCGAAGCAAAGUAGCGCGAAACGAAGUCGGUUGCCCGCGUUCUCGAAGCUCGAGAAUGCGCCAACUCGGUCUCCCGGCAGUUUUUGCCGGUGUCCUGAGGCGUUAGGCCCCACCCUGGAGCGUCCGGGCUGCCAGAAAGAUUCCCGCAGCCGGGUUGGGGGCGCCGGGUUGUCAUGUUCCGCCCGGCGGGCGGUGCUCACAAAAUCGAUUUUGUGAGUACCCGCGGACAGAUUCGAUUUUGUGCGCACCCUUCGGGCACGCUUUUCGAAGAUGCCCUAUCCUCGGGCGGGGCCACACAGUCCGCGCGUGGUCGCAAAAUCGAUUUUACCAACACAAAAGCCGGAAAAUCCGGCAAAAGCUGCAAAAUUGAUUGCGUGGGGCGAAGUCGCAGAGGACGGGCCUCUGCCCGCCUUGGAUCGAUCGAUGUUUCGCUCGCACGCUACAGGCUUAGGGAUGAUCGCGAAUUCCAGAACUUGCGCCCCGAUGAAGUUCCGCACAUUCAUCGCGUUGGCCCAGCGUAGAAAGCAAUGAAAAACGCCCGAGCUUGUGACUUACAUCCGGGCCCAAGUUCUGAAAAGCCGCGGGAGCGGCAUGGGCCCCGUCUGCGUGUUCUGAGCUCCGUAGAGGCGCCAGGAACAGGCUCUCGGCUGGCGCGGGGGUCGCAAAAUCGAUUUUGUAAACAGACAGCCCUCGGUGGGUGCCGCGGCUCAGUCCUCGACAGCCGCUGGGCGCUUGAUGGGGCGCAGAGUCGGGGAUUUUAGUUAUUUCAGGCUCGCAGAAUCGUCUGCGGGUUCAAUCACCCGAGGCGUGCAAAAUCGAUUUUGUUGGACCGCUCCUUGUGCGAUGUCCGCGUCAGUGGUGGUGCGGGCAAAAGAGGUGGCGCGGGCCUGCUAUGUGGGUAAGGCAGGUGGCUGUCCGGCUGUUUGCCAAAAUCGAUUUUCCAACUUCCUGAAAAUCCAGAGGAGCAAGUUUUCCGGAAGUCCGCGCGUUGCUUGGACUUUCCGGGACUGCCGAAAAAUCGAUUUUCCGGGUUCCGGAAAUUCCGGAAAUUUCGAAAAGUCCGGAGUUUGCGAAAAAUCCGGAAUUUUCCGAAAUCGAAAAUCGAGAUCGGGACAUCAGCAAGUCCUCGAAAUCGAAAAUCGACUCGGAAAAUCGAUUUUCUGCUUCAUUGCUAAGGAGAACGGACCAAACCUGGUCCAUACCAUCGGCGGAGGCAGUUGCUUACUAUCCAGUUGGUAAUCUGCUGCCAAAAAUCCGAACGCUUGCACUUUCAAGAGAUUCGGAGGCGCUUCAAAGUCGAUUUUCUGUGUGCCAAAAGUGCGCCCGAGUGUGCGCCAAAAAUGCGCCAAAAGUGCGCGCGAGUUACUAUUCAAUAGUAACGGAGACGGACCAAACCUGGUCCAUACCAUCGGCGGAGGCAGUUGGUUACUAUUCAAUAGUAAUUAUUAUUUUGCUCGGGACGCAACACAAAACAACGCGGAUUUUUGCGCGCGACACCUCGAGCGCGACUGCCUUCGGAUUUUUUUUGGAUUUUUGGCAGCAGCUUACCAACUGGAUAGUAAGCAACUGCCUCCGCCGAUGGUAUGGACCAGGUUUAGUCCGAUCUCGCUACUAUUGAAUAGUAAUGGAGGCACAAAAUCGAUUUUCUGCUAUUUUCUCGGAAGCUCUAUUUUCCGGAAGUCGGAAAAUCCGGACCGCAGCGAUCUCCCGAGAUCUUUCCGGAAGUCCAGAUCUCUCCGGAAAAUCUAAUGUCCGGCAAGGUGCCGACGUUGUCCAUAGGGUUGAGGGGUUGCAGAAUCGACUUUGUGGCCGGUAGGGCCCGUUGCCCGUACCUCUGAGGGCGCGGGCUGGGACGGGGGUUGGUAAGGCAUUGGCGUGGGAGACUGCAUCCGCGAAGAAAGGGCGGACGCACAAAAUCGAUUUUGUGGGAGAUCCGCUAAAGCGCAUAGCUGGAAGCUCUCCCCCCUAGUCCGUCGGCCCGGCGGAUUGCGUGGCGCACCGCCUCGAUAUUGAGCCACGCGGCCGCUCGAUUCUGUCGGACCUGGGAAGCUGCGAAAUCGAUUUUGUGUGGUCGGGCGAUUGUGUGGCCUUCAACAGCCCUUGCGCGACCCACAACAUCGAACCACCUGUGGUCAGCUCAAAACCGGCCUUGUGGUCGGCGCUGCGUUCUGGGGGAAUGGAAAAUCGAUUUUGUGCAAUCUGCGGGAUUGCGCGUCUGGAGGAGGGGUUUUGUGCAAUCCGCGUCUGCGGCUUCGAUUUUGUGCAAUCUGCGUUGUGUGCCAUGCAAAAUCGAUUUUGUGCAAUGCAAAAUCGAUUUUGCGGGAUUCGGUUUUGUGCAAUGCAGAAUCGGGAUUCGGUUUUGUGCAGAGCAAAAUCGAUUUUGUGCAGUGCAAAAUCGAUUUUGUGCAAUGCAAGAUCGAUUUUGUGCAAUGCAAAAUCGAUUUUGCGGGAUUCGGUUUUGUGCAAUGCAAAAUCGAUUUUGUGCAAUCCGCGUCUGCGGGAAUGCAGAAUCCAUUUUGUGCAAUGCAAAAUCGGGAUUCGGUUUUGUGCAAUGCAAAAUCGUUUCUGUGCAAUGCAAGAUCGAUUUUGCUGCUUUCGGUUUUGUGCAAUGCAAAAUCGAUUUUGUGCACUGCAAAAUCGGGAUUCGGUUUUGUGCAACGCAAAAUCGAUGCUGUGCAAUACAAAAUCGAUUUUGUGCAAUGCAAAAUCGAUUUUGCGGGAUUCGGUUUCGUGCAAUGCAAAAUCGAUUUUGUGCAAUCCGCGUCUGCGGGAAUGCAAAAUCGAUUUUGAGCAAUGCAAAAUUCGGGAAUCGGGAAUCGCCCCCCUUACGUUGGUUGGCUCUGGCCUCUACAGUUUCGCCGCGCCACCGGAUUUUUUUUCGAUUUUCUUGGCCGAUAAAAAGUUGGUCCAAAUCACUACCAACGUAGAUGACACGACAGGCAUUCUGUAUAUUUACG